GGCACGCUGGAGCCGCUGAUUGGACGCCCGUGUCACAGCGCCACUUCAAAGCCGGAGAGGAGCUGCGGGACCGUGGAAGAAUGGGCGGAACGCAUCAUUGUAUUGCUCACCUCUAAAAAAAAAAAAGAAGAAGAAAAGAAAAGGAAAGAAAAGAAAAAAACGCUGCUUGGAUUCAUAAAUAUAAAAAGAUCCUCUAGAGGAGGGCUGUGGGUUUUUUUUUGUGUGUGUGAUGGCAACUUCACUUCUAGGGGUGAGUCUCCGAAAAGGACUUUCUUACUGCUUCAAUUAGUUCUUGUCAUUGGCUGCUCCUCUCCUGCUUGGGGGUUACACUUUCAAAUCUGGGGGCAAAGUUACAGCAAAGUCAGUGCUUGGCUUCUAUUUUCGGUAGAUGGGAAUAAAGUUGUGUCUGGUGCGCUUCUCUUGUUUGUAAAAGUUUGUCCAGGAGGAGCCGAGGUUGGGAUCGACUCCUUUAGCCAUGUUGGCUGCAACAUGUAACAAAAUAGGGAGUCCGAGCCCUUCGCCUUCCACCAUUUCGGAUAAUUCCUCCUCUUUCGGGAAAGGCUUCCACCCAUGGAAGAGAGCCGCCGCCAGCAGUUGCAGUCUGGGCUCCGGCCUGUCCGGCUUCGGGGUGUCCCGCAACGGCUCGGCCAUCUCGGACUCGUUCUCCUCCAACGGCUCCACGGGCUCCAGCGCCUUCUCCCUCACGUCCGGCGCCUCACCCGGCUCGCACUUUGGAAACGACUACUCCGUGUUCCAAGCGUCCGUGUCGAACGGCUCGCAGGAGUCGAGCCACCAGCCGAUGUUCAUCUCCAAAGUGCACACGUCCGUGGACAGCCUGCAGGGCAUCUACCCGAGGAUGAGCGUGGCGCACCCGUACGAGUCGUGGUUCAAGUCGUCUCAUCCCGGCAUCCCCGCCGGAGAGGUGGGGACCACAGGGGCAUCCGCGUGGUGGGACGUGGGAGCCGGCUGGAUUGACGUUCAGAACCCCAACGGAGCAGCACUACAGACGUCGUUACAUUCCGGUGGACUGCAGACGUCCUUGCACUCUCCCCUGGGCGGAUAUAAUUCUGAAUAUUCCACUUUAAGUCACUCAGCCUUCAGUACUAACCCCUCUCCGCACCUGUUGUCCACCGGCCAGCACCUGAUGGACGGCUUCAAACCGGUGCUCUCCUCGUACCCGGACACAACCCCAUCUCCGUUAACCGGUGCGGGGGGUGCCAUGCUCUCAGGGGGUCCGCCCGCCUCCUUAGCGGCGUCCCCGAGGUCAUCGGCGCGGCGCUACUCGGGCAGAGCCACCUGCGACUGUCCCAACUGUCAGGAGGCAGAGAGACUGGGACCGGCUGGCGCCAGCCUCCGGAGGAAGGGCCUCCACAGUUGUCACAUCCCGGGCUGCGGGAAAGUUUACGGGAAAACGUCCCACCUCAAAGCGCACUUGCGCUGGCACACCGGCGAGCGACCGUUUGUGUGCAACUGGCUCUUUUGCGGCAAGCGCUUCACGCGCUCCGACGAGCUCCAGCGACACUUACGCACGCACACCGGGGAGAAAAGGUUCGCCUGCCCGGUGUGCAACAAGAGGUUUAUGCGAAGCGACCACCUGAGUAAGCACGUCAAGACUCACAGCGCCGGUGGGUCGGCGGGUUCGGGCUCUGGAGGCAGCGGGGGUAAGAGGGGGAGCGAUACCGAUAGCGAGCACAGCGCACCGGGGAGCCCCCGGUGCCACUCCCCGGACCUGUUGCACCCGGCCGAGGCGAGACAGGGUGUGGUGGGCAUGAAUGGCCUCUAACUCUGCUUGAAUGUCGUUUAAAGUGUGUGAACCACAAGAAAGUGUCGGGAGAUGUUCUGCAGAGACAUGACAGUGGCGGACAUUACUGUACGUACUGUGUGCGUAAUGCUCCAUCACGGGUGUCGUUGAGAAUGUGAAAAUAUUGGCUUAGACGUUUCUCAUAUGUGCACAAAGUUCCACCGUCUGGCCUUUGGGAUUAUCUCGGACUUGAAGAUUAUACAAUACUUUGGUG